GCGGAGCCGGGCAGCUCCAGGAAUUGGAAAAAAAAAUCGGAAAGGUACAGAAAUAAUAUCAAAAUUUCCUGGUUCCUUACUUUGUCUGUUAGGCAUUCUCUAUACAGCCUGAAAUGAUUUGUUUAAAUUGAUCUUAAAAUAAGCAAAAUCUAUAUGUAUUUAUAGCAGAGGACAUUAAUGCUAUUUUUGAAGAGACUUUUCUCCUUGAACACAAUAUCUAAAGAUCUGUGUCUUACCAGGCUUAGCACUAAGACAAUGCACAAAAAUGACAGGAGCCCUUCAGCUCCCCAUUUGUAAAAACAAACGGCAAAGGAAAAGGCAUGAGUAGAGGUUUUCAGUUGCACUGAUGCAAACUCUGGUGUGAUCCCUAGAGUUAUUCCAGAUACUGGUGGGGUUGGAUGUUUCUUAAAACAUCUUGUCCUUUGAACAAACAGAGAGGUUCUAAGUAAAAUAUUUCUUUGCUCAUCCUCUCUAGGACUUAGCAAAUUCCCCAGGGCAAGAAGAAUAUAAACACCUCAAACCUGAACAGAUGAUAAAUCAGUAUUAAGGCACUGUUAUCACCUUAGCUGUGGAACUCCAGCUACAGGCAAAGUAAAACCAGCCAUUAACUGUCAGCACCAGGACCACGGGGCAGGCUCAGCCUUAAUGCAAAGUGAAGUUCAGCAGUGACUGAGCCGAGCUGCGGAGGCACCUUACACCUGUAUGGGGAAUGGAGGUGGCUGGGCUUUCUCAGUUCAGCCUUGAUGCAUGUGCCAGGGGUGAGCACUUUGUUCUGGCAGAGCCCCCAGCGAAGCUGAUGUUGGACACGGUGCCUGCCUCUGUGCUGGGACAGCUACCAGACACCGCUGCCACCGCUCCUGGGCUGCGCUUGCGAGCGUCCCUCGUCUGUGCCAGUUGGGCAUGCUGAGCCCCGCUUAGUCCCAGAAGGCAAGAUCAAAGAAGCUGAUGAUAUACUUCAAGUUGAGAGUUGCAAAGUUUAUGGAAGCUCUGUGUUAGGAUGUUCAUGAUGCAGGCUUUGGCACUCCAGGAAAGCAUCAUUUCAAGCUGAGCACAGUUUUACCCUUGAAUAAAAAAGUCCACUGUGUAUCCACAGUUAUUUGCUAAGGCAAAAUUUUUGUGGAAGUUCCUUCUCUGGAAGCUUCUGUUUCUAGAAAUGACAAUUCAACACCAGCUUCUCAGCACUGCCUUAGUGGUUGUAUCCAUGCCGUGGCAGAAUAGGAAGAGCUUCUGGAACUGACCAAGGUCGUGAGAGGGUUGGGACACUCCAGGUUCAAUGUAAUCUCAUUGGGCACCAGCAGCGGAACUGUUCUGUUCAAAAUGGUUUACGGUGAAUUUUUCCGCAGACCUGGCAAAGAUGCAGAACUUAUCAAUUUGAAUGUGGGUGGCUUUAAGCAAUCAGUUGAUCAAAGCACUUUGCUCCGGUUUCCUCAUACCAGACUUGGGAAACUUCUCAAAUGCCAUUCAGAAGAGGCUAUUCUGGAACUAUGUGAUGAUUAUAGUGUUGCAGAUAAGGAAUAUUACUUUGACAGGAACCCUUCCUUGUUCCAAUAUGUUCUGAAUUUUUACUACACUGGGAAACUUCAUGUCAUGGAGGAGCUUUGUGUCUUUUCCUUCUGCCAGGAAAUAGAAUACUGGGGGAUAAAUGAGCUGUUUAUUGAUUCCUGCUGCAGCAAUCGGUACCAGGAAAGGAAAGAGGAAGGUCCCGAGAAAGACUGGGAUCAGAAAAGCAAUGACAGAAGCAUUGACUCCUCUAAUGAAGAAUCAUCCAUAUUUGAUAAGGAGUUGGAAAAGUUUGAUAAUCUGUGCUUUGGUGAAAUAAGAAAGAAGAUCUGGGUCAGAAUGGAAAAUCCUGCAUACUGCUUGUCUGCCAAGUUAAUUGCCGUGUCCUCCCUAAGUGUUGUCCUGGCGUCAAUCGUGGCAAUGUGCAUUCACAGCAUGCCCGAGUUUCAGAGGCUGGAUGCCAAUGACAGGGAGAUUGAAGACCCUGUGCUGGAAGCUGUGGAGAUUGCGUGCAUCAUCUGGUUCACUGCUGAGCUAGUGAUCAGACUCAUCACUGCCCCAAGUCAAAAGAAGUUCUGGAAGAAACCACUGAAUAUCAUUGAUUUUGUCUCUAUUAUCCCAUUUUAUGCCACCUUAGCUGUGGACACGAAGGAAGAAGAAAGUGAAGAUAUUGAAAACAUGGGGAAAGUGGUUCAGAUCCUGAGGUUGAUGAGGAUAUUUCGCAUCCUGAAACUGGCCAGGCACUCUGUAGGACUGCGGUCUUUAGGUGCUACUUUGAGACACAGCUACCAGGAAGUUGGACUUCUCCUUUUGUUUUUGUCUGUUGGGAUUUCUAUUUUUUCAGUUCUUGUCUACUCAGUGGAGAAGGAUGACGACUCAUCAGAACUGCACAGCAUCCCCGUUUGCUGGUGGUGGGCAACCAUCAGCAUGACCACUGUUGGUUAUGGGGACACUUACCCAGUCACGCUUGCUGGAAAGCUGCUCGGCACCCUAUGCAUUAUCUGCGGGAUAUUAGUGGUAGCACUUCCAAUCACCAUUAUUUUCAAUAAGUUUUCUAAGUACUAUCAAAAGCAAAAAGAUAUUGAUCCAGACCAAUGCAACAAUGAUCGCAAAGAGAAAUGUAAUGACCUACCUUAUUUUAACAUUAGGGAUAUUUAUGCGAAAAAGAUGCACUCAUUCAUUUCUAGCCUUUCUUCAGUAGGAAUUGUAGUCAGUGACCAAGAUUCAACAGAUGCCUCCAGCAUUCAAGAUAUGGAGGAUGUUUAUAACACAACAUCUUUAGAUAAUGGUACAGGAAAAUGAGUUGAAUCACUUUCUCUUUCCUUUAUUUCUCACUUCUAAUCCUUGGUAAAUGUUGACAUAGAAACUUCAGUGAAUUUAUUAAGAGCAGUUAAUUCUCAGGGUACUUAACUCUCAGCCAUAUUUGGACAUUCUUUGCUCUGAGGAUGCCAUACAGGCUUCAUUGUUUAUAUGAGGCUUUAAAAUAUGCCUCAUAUGGUGGUUUAGCUUUUACAUAACUAACGAUAUGCAUCUUGGGGAGAAAAAAAAAGUCAGGAAAACAGUUUUAAAUGUGAGAUUGGUGUUUAUUUUUAUUUUUUCUUGCAGCAAUCUGAUAGCUUAUAUGGAAUUUGCUUUUAUAAUUUGCUGCUGUUCAGGUAGACAUAUAUUGCAAACAUAUAAGAACUAUGGCACAUCAGUAAAGACUUUACCUGCAAACACAUCAGAAGAAAGAAGGAAUUAUGUACAUGUAAAACUGUAAAACAUUUAUGUAAUCUUGGAGUUGGGAACCAGCUUCCUAAGCUGGGACAGAAAAUGUAUUGGUACAUAUUGUUUUUACUCCAUGGAAGCAUAAUAUUUAUGAAUUUCUUUCCAAAAGCACAAUACAGUUUUAGUUUGUUAAAAUAAAUUAAUCCCAUUGUGCCUGUAUUUUUCCCAGUGUUCCACAACCAGCAUGGCCAAGCUCUGGCAGGUCCCAAAGGGUCUAAAUCAUGAGUCCUAGGAUGAAGCAUGUGGCCUAGGGCUGGACAGGAGCGUAUUGUACCUUUUAGCCACCUUUUCUGUCAUUGCAAACCUGAGCAAUUCUGGUGCCUGGAGAGGAUCCUGCUGUGAUUAAGACCACCCUAGUGGCUUCCCCAGAGGCUUUGUUUUGUGGGCACUGAAGCAAACAUCUGUGGUGGUCUUUAGAAGUUAUUGCUCCCUGCUGUCAGCUCUGCUUCCUUGCUGGAGGUUAGAAGAAGAUGUGAGCAGCAUCUCAACUGCACUGGUUCUCAGUCCAGGACUGUAAUGCCAAGGAAUGGAGAUGCAUGGACAUGCUCUCUUCUACCAUAUAUUGCCCAUCAGAGAGGUAGGAUGUGCAAUGCACGUGGGCACCCAUAAGUAAAACUGUUGCAGCUCAUUUUUCUAAAGCUUUUCUGUUGAUGACAGCAGCCUUCCUGGCUUGUGCUAUGGGCUGGAGCAGCACUCAUUGCCUGGCAGAGUGCUGCAGCACUGUGCAUCCCUCUCUUCUCCAGGGAUUUCUUAUGCAGUUAGCUAAUCCUGCUCUGGUUCAAACUGUAUCUUCCAGAGCUAUUUAAAAAGGAAGCUGGCCCUUGAGCCUAGCAAGAAGGAGUGCUGGAGAAACUUGAGGACAUUAUAGUAGUUAAUAGUAUUUGUGAACACAGGGUUUUUUUAGGUUUUUGUUUUGGUCAUUUUUCUGGUGACUAAAUUAGAUGCUGGGCAAUGGAGAAUCCAAGCUACUGUGAUGUUGAUAUUUUGCUUAAAGAGAGGUUUCACUUUUUUUUUUUUUUUUUUUGUAAUCCCUAUUGGGCUGAAUCAGUUUCUACUCAGGCAGUUCAAACUCAAUAGGAGUUGACUUCAAGACUGAGUAAACUCAGAUGGGAAUCAAUUACUCUGCAGAAUAACCCAGAAGGCUAAUUUUUCAGGUGUGUGCCAGGAUUUCUACUGCAAAGUACACUGAGUGAAUAGCUGAAGUGCACUCGUACUUGCUGAGGCACAGAGCUCCAACCUCUUCCCAGGAGAAUAAGAAAAAAAGAAUCGGGUGGAUCAACCUAUACCUUGGAGAGAGGUGUCCCUCAGGACUGUUGUGCACUAACAUAGUAUUGUGGGAGUACUCUGAGCUUUGGAGAAACUUUAGAAUUUGGCUUAUUAGUUGCUGAGUAUCAUAAGUGUAUGGGAUGCUUCACAGAUAUUUUAGGUUAAUUCUUCCCAAUGUUAAUGCAGGAAAGCCAAAAGGGAAAGUUAACAGAGAUGUGUUUUGUUCUUAGUGAACAAUUAGCAUUACAAAGAUGCAAUGAUAUAAAAUGCUAAAUAUGUAUGUGCAUGUGAAUGUAAUAAGAACCAGCAGAAUAACAGCAUAAAUAUCGCUCUGUCCAAAGAAACUCUCUUGGCAGUUUCCACAUAAAGAUAAAUCAUAUUGCCAUUGAAGUUCAAAAGGAAUUGUAAUGCAAGAAAAACUGCAAGAAAUUUCUAUUAAAUCAUUG